AUGUGCAAGCAGCCCCAAGUCAGGUGCAUGCCCGGGUCGGUGGCGGUGGAGGCGGCCGAGGGGCCGCAGCGGGCGGUGGCGGGCGGGCGCGAGGCGCGGGCCGCGCCAGUCUCGUCGCGCACGCGCGCGAGUCAACGUCGACGCUCCCCGCAGCGGCAGCAGCCCCGCGCGCGCAGCCCACUUCCCCGACCGCGACCGCGACCGCGCCGCACUCAGUCGUCGCGCGCGCCAUGCCGCGCCGCGUGCGCAGCUGAGCCCACGCCCCUUCUGCGCGCGCAGCUGACGCGAGCCGCCUGCUUCCGCACGCGUGUUAAUCGACGGAUUCGAAACGAUCGUUGCAACCAUUCUGGAGUAGUCAGGCCAGUCGCCUUCCAUUGCUCUAUCGCUGGGACUGCGCUCAAUUCCAGUACGAUCCACGUAGAAUUAUUUGUGGUGAACGUUGCGGGCUCAAAUGCGGCGCGCGGUCCGGGAGCCGCCGUCGCGCUCGGCGCCGGGGCCGGGGCUCGGGUCUGGGCCCGGGGCGGGGGCGACGGCAGGGGCGGCACACCCGCCCGUGCACCCGCCCACCGCCCCACGGCCGCGCCCCCCCCACCCAACACCAACGGGCUGCCCCCGCGCCGCCGCACCGCCCGCAGCGACGCCCCCGGCGCCCGCGCCCUCGCCCGCCGCCCGCAGCGCCAAGAACAUGGG